UUGAGAAUGACUCAUAAUCUAUUUUAUUCAGCUGUUUUAUUUACAAUUCUUAUAAUUUCAAUUGAUGGGGCUAUUAACUGUUUCUAUGGAAUCGAAGAAACUGCUCCAGGUGUUCAUAUUUCAAAUAUUGUAAAAACGAGUUGUCCGUCUGAUUUUUUCUGUUUCAAACAAUCGAAAAUUGAUAAGAAAUCCAAACACUACGAGUAUUCAUAUGAUUGUGGAACAAUUCAAAUAUGCUCGCAACCAACAUGUGUCAACGAAGACGACGGCUUUCGUACGUGUUGCUGUACAACCGAUUUCUGUAAUUCUUCUGAUGUACCUUUAAGUAUAUUUUCUUCUUUAUUAUUGUUCGUUUUGAUUUUUAUGAAUAUUCAUUAAAAUAUGAUCUAUACU